UGUGGUGACAGUCAUCUGUACUUAGAGUUAGACUUUAAGAGAGGAAAAAAGAUGACAUCAGCUGAGUAUGUUUACGAGGACGUAAAGUUUGAAGUUACUGAUAAAAUGAAGGAAGAUUUUGACAAUUAUGGUUACAUAAUGGUCAGAAAACUUCUUGAUAGUACUGAGCUACAAAAGGUGAAAGAGGUGCUUGAAGACAACAAAGAAAUUACCAAGCAUUCUUAUGGUAUUUCUGAUGGAUCGGGUAGGGAAUGCAAGAUGGCACUGUGGAGCCAUCCAGGAAGUGAUGUCACAGGAAUGGUGGGAAGGUGUGAGAAAAUUGUUAAUACCAGUGAAAAGUUACUUGAAGGGGAAGUGUAUCAUUAUCAUACCAAACUUAUGAUGAAAGAAGCAAAAACAGGAGGAAGUCACCUGUGGCAUCAGGACUAUGGAUACUGGUACAAGAAUGGUUGUCUGUUCCCAGACCUGUUAACUGUUUUCAUUGCAAUAGAUAAGUGCAACAAAGCAAAUGGCUGCUUACAGAUCCUGAGAGGUUCUCACAAAUGUGGAAGAAUUGAACACUUGAUGGUCGCUGGCCAGACAGGGGCAGAUGUAGAGAGAGUGAGAGAAAUUGAAAAAGUGUGUCCCAUGGAGUUUGUGGAAAUGGAACCUGGUGAUGCACUGUUUUUUCACAGUAAUUUGUUACAUACCAGUGGCCCUAAUAACAGUGAGUUGAGGAGAUGGGCAUUUCUUGUGGCAUACAAUACCAAGGCCAAUAACCCUGUCAUUCCUCAUCAUCAUCCACAGUACACUCCCCUGGAAAAGGUUCCAAAUUCUGCUAUAAGAGAUUGCACCAACGUGACAGACAUGACUGGGAAGGAAUUUUUGAACCCAUCUGUAGAUAAGACUGUCAAACUAGAUAAAAAGGCUGGAUAAGUCAAAUUCACUUCUACAAAAUGGACAGAAAUCUUAUCAAUUGAAUUGUAAUAUGCUUCAAUAUAGCAUGCAUAAUUUGUUAAUAUAAGGUUUAUACAUUGUACAUAUUCCAUAAUGGCAAUGCAAAUAUUUUUAUCAUGUGUUCUCACUUUCAUUCAUUUAUUACAACCUUUCAUAACAAGAGGGAACAUUUUUCUGUGUAUAUUUAACAAAACAUGUUUUAAUUGUCCUUGCUCAGUGAUUUAUUAAUAUCUCAUAUUCAUAUAACUGGAAAGACCCCCCCCCCCCCCCCCCCCCGCCUCCGCAACUGACAAAUGUGCCAUAUAUAAUAUGAAAGAAUGUUAGUCUUUUCAGCAAUAUUGCAGCAAUUCCAAAGUGACAAUAAAAUUAUCUUAAUUACA